AUUUGAAAUAGCGCGCCUGAGAGCAGAGCGGCGCGUUGGUGUGCGCAAUUUGGCGGGAAACUGUGUUGUGCUUUCCCCGUGUGUUUGUGUGACUGUACCUCUGUUUCUGACGCUCCCUUUCCUUCACCAUGGCUUCUACCACACCCUCUACUAAGGCACAGGCAGACUCCACCACAACCCAACCACCUACUACAGAUGAAAAAGUACAUGCGGCAAGUGCAGCGUUCAACCAUUUCUCUCAGGGCAAGCGACACCUCCUGGUGGGGGACUUCAAAUCUGCUGUCACUGCCUUCAAGGAGGCAACAGAGUCCCUGGUGGAGCUGUAUGGGGAGCAGGCGCCGGAGUGUGGUGACGCGUACUACCACUAUGGCCGUGCAUUGCUGGAGCUGGCACGCAAGGAGGCAGGGGUGCUGGGGCCAGAUCUGGAUGGUGCCAGUAGUCAGGAGGGAAGCACAGGGGAGGAGGAGGACGAGGAGGAAGAGAGUGAAGAGUCACAAGAGGAGGAGGAAGGUGGAAAGAAAGAGGAAGGAGAGGAGGAGGAGGAGGAGGAGGAAGAUGGAGAAGGAAAGGAGAAAGAUAAGAAGGAAGGAAAUGCCGCAGAAGGAGAAGGUGAGAAUACUGAGGAAGAGGAAGAGGUGACUACCCUACAGUGUGCCUGGGAGUGGCUGGAUGUGGCUCGGGUCAUCUUUGACAAGCAAGAGGAGACGCCAGAGGUGGUGAAGAAGAGAGCACAAAUACGCCUGAGUCUGGGUGAAGUCUGCAUGGAGAGUGAGGACUAUGAGGGAGCCAUCAAUGAGUUUAAGCAAUGCCUUCAGAUGCAGGAGUCAGUGUUAGAGAAGGAUGACCGCUCCCUGGCAGAGACACACUAUCAGCUGGGCUUGGUGUACAGCCUCUCGGACAACUUUGAUAGUGCUGUUUCUCACUUCACGGCUGCUGUUGAUGUCAUUCAUCUCAAGAUAAAGAACCUGCAGGCGCGUGUCACUGAGAAGAAUUCCUGGAGCAAGGAGCGCAGGGAUAAGGACUUGGCAGAGAGCAAGGAUGUGUUCUAUACAGAGGAGGGAGAGAUAGAAGACCUGCAGCAGCUCCUCCCAGACAUUCAGCUCAAGAUUGUGGACAUGAAGGAAAUGAAAGCUGCUUCAGUGGAGAAACUUCAACAGGCAGCCAAGCCUGGGGACAUUGCAGCCAUGCUGCUGGGCAAGGGUGAGGGACCCAGGUCAUCAGGGGCGGUGUUCUCCCAAGCAAGGGAAGGAGAGGCAAGUGGAAGUGCUGCCUCGUCAUCCAAGUCUUCUGACGCCAAACCUCUCAUUUGUCAAGUGAGACGCAAGCAGCGGAAACCUGAGGAAGACGAGGCCACAGAUGAACAGAAGAAGCCCAGGCUGGAGAACGGAGUGAAGAGUGACAGGACUGAGGAGCAGGAAGAGGACAAGAGCAAGGCAGUAAACAGUUCCAUGGCCAAGCCGAUUGCCAUCAAGAGAAAAGUUGCUCAGAAUGGUAAGGAUUCAUCACCUGAGUCUUCCUCCAAUAAAGCAGAAUCUUCCUCAACCACAUCCGAGUCUUCCUCAAACUCAGCUGAAUCUUUGUUGGCACCUCAAGAAAUUAAAUGAAUUAGUUUGUCACCUGCAUUUUUGUUGGACACAAUUUAUUUACAUUCAUAUUGAUUGUGGCAAUAUUGUGUAGUGUGUGUGUGUGUGUGUGUGUGUGUGUGUGUGUGUGUGUGUGUGUGUGUGUGUGUGUGUGUGUGUGUGUGUGUGUGUGUGUGUGUGUGUGUGUGUGUGUGUGUGUGUGUGUGUGAAGCUCCUCCUGUCCACCCUCCUUUGACAAGAGAUAACCUGGUAUGUAGGUAGACAGAUUAUUAUUUUUACAUUCUCAGGAAAAAAAAAAAUCUGUGUAUGGAUCUACCAGGUAGCUUGUGCAGAGUUGUAGAAAUGACCAUGGUUGACAGGGAGAAGGUUAUGAGUGUAAACCUUUUUUUGAAUCCCUCCUGCAGGGAGGUAAACAUCAUACUCCCAGUACCCAUCUCAGCUUAAUGUUACUGACUGUUCUGGGAAGUGUUUGAAUUAUAAUGAAGCUGAGAUGAUAGAGUGUGAAGGAGAAAUUGAAGAUGGGAAGAUCUUGGUGACUGUUUUGAGAAGUGUUUGGAUUGUAAUGCAAAUGGGAGGAGAAUUUGAUGAUGUGUGGGUCUAUAUUGGAAGAAAGUGUGUUGUGGCCUCCUUGGGGAAGUUUUGAGGAGCAUCCAGCCUGUGUGGAAAUGGGUAGAUGGGAGUGUUUGGGAAAGAUAUAGACACAAGCACAUCUUCCUUGUCUCACCAGGGGUGUCUUGGUGCUGAAAACAAUCACCAGCACCACACUCAAGAGCAAUUCCUGCCACCUGUUAGCUUUGUUAGCAUGUUGACUUGGUGUGUUUCAUAUUUUCACAUUUUUAAGAAUAAAUGUUUUCAGGCUCAAA